CAUCGCUCACCCUCCUACGUCCUUCUCGUCUGUUUGUGCGUAUCUCACCAUCUUGCGUACACUUUCAUCAAGAGACGAAGUUCACCGAGAUCCAUCGAGAGACGACAUAACCAACCCUUCUGCACCUUCUUCACCUUGCGCGCAAUCCCACCAAAGCACGACAUCACCACCCACUUGGCCCCUUUUCCACCAAUUAUUACGCGAAACUUCACUUAGCGAGAACAUCUCUCAUUUCUCUUGCGUGUUUCUCGCCCUCUUGCACACAGCUUCAUAGGAGACGACGUUCAUCGAAGACGACAUCAUUGACCGUCUUGCGCCUUUCUCCGUCUCUGGCGCGCAACCUUAAUGGACAAUAUUACAACUCUCUGGCGCUUCUUUCACCAUUGACACCCUCUUGCGCCUUCCUCAGCCUUUGGUACUUACCUUCAUCAAAGAACGACAUCAUGGCACCUUGGCACAGGAAGAAACCAUCGGGAAAGCAGGAAGAACAGAACGAAGGAAAGCUGUUUGACUGGAGGGAUAAGAAGGCAAACCCGGGAAAGAAAACCUUAUCAGCAGCCCCAAAACCCGCAUAUCCGCCAGUCAAGAACGACCCCACAGAGUUCACCCCCGGACAAGCUACCUCCAAUACUACGAGUACGAAUCCAUUCAAGAUCUUUAAAAGAGAGAGAAAGACGGAGACACAAACCGCACCUCCAAGAACCACAAUCAACCAGCCUCAGCACGGAGAUUCACAGCGCUUAUUCAUCAAUGGACAACCUUCUACAUCGAGUGCUGCUCCAAUCACCAUAAACAGAACCCAAGUCCAGAUCCUCAAAAGAGGCGAAAAGAUUCCGGAUAUUCCAAGAGCACCAUGUCCGGGCCCGGUUCCUGAGAUUCCAGCUCUGCCUCCGAUCCCAAAAGAGAGGGUUAGGCGCAUGAUACCUCCUCUUAACAACCCAUCUCUGGAACGAGUACAGAGACUCCAGAGGUUGGGAGGAAUUCCCGAAGUCCCAACACAAGAUGGAGAAUUGAAGAGCAGGGUCAUGGAGUGGUUGGAGAAGGUGGAAGAUGAUGGCGAGGAGGUGGACGAGCUUCGGGAGGAGAUUGAGAGGCUUUGAUGGAUGGAGUUGAGGGGAGAUUUUCUCGAGACUGGCUGGACUUUGUAGUUCUACACUUGCUGGUUUAGAGUGCCCGAACUUUGAAAGAGAAUCAAGAAGAGUACGGCAGAUUUGAGUUGUGUGAUGUGAGAUGUUGAUACUGUGAAAAUUGUGACACAAAAUAACAUUGCUCCAAACCUCAUUAAAUUAUCCGUGAGUUAAGUCAUAAUUAUGAAUUAAAAUCUCAAAGAAUUUGUUUUCUUAUUUAGGUUGCUCAGAAGUUCUGGAA